AUGUCAAACGUGUUAGAAGAAUGUAUAAAAUUAUAUAAAGAUUUGAUUUGUUGUUAUAAUAACAUUAGCGAAAAAGAAUUAAUUGAAGGAACAAAUGAUGAUUUAGAUAAUUUAUUAAAUUUGAAUGAGGAUAUAAGUAUUUCAACAGCAUGUGAUAUAAAUAAAUGUAAGGAAAUUUUAGGUAAAUUAAAAUUAUUAAUAAUACAUUUAUCUUCUGUUAACCCUUUAAUAUGUAUAGGACAAAAGGAUAUAAGAGAAUUAUUAAUAGUAAGAGGAAUAUUAGAAAAAGGUGUUAUUAUAUCCAUAAGGAAUAAAGAUAUAAAAUCAUUUAAUAUAUAUAUAGCUCAAUUAUUUAUUUAUUAUUUUGAUUAUAAAGACAUUUUACCAAAAAGUAAAAAACAAAAUGCUAUUGUUGGUUUGUAUUUAUUAUAUUUGUUAGCAUCAAACUCUAUAGGAGAUUUUCAUAUGACUCUAGAAAUAUUACCUUUAGAAGAUCAUAAUGAUAUUUAUAUUAAAUAUGUAUUAAAUGUUGAACAAAAUAUAAUGGACGGAUUUUUUCAUCAUGUCUUAACGAAAAAAGAAAACAUUCCUUUAUAUCUUUAUGAAUCUUUUAUGGAUAAAUUAUAUACCACCAUUAGAUUUAAAUUAAUAGACUGUAUAUUCGCUUCUACCAAUUCAAUUCAUUUAUUAUAUGCAUGCGAAUUAUUAAAAUUGUCAAACCAACAAAACUUAAACGAUUUUAUUAUUCAAUAUAAUGAAGCCAAAAAUAAUCAAGGAGAAUACAAUGCCGUUUGUGAAAUUAAGGAUAAUCAUAUUGUUUGUAAAAAUCAAACGAUCGCUGUGCAACAAUUACCUUCCUUGGAAAUAAUAAAUAAUUCUAUAGGAUACGCAACAGAGCUCGAGAGGAUAGUAUAA